GCCCUCGGCCCUGUUGCGCGCGCGGUGUCACCUUGGGCGCGAGUGGGGCCGCGCGCGCACGGGACCCGGAGCCGAGGGCCACUGAGCGGCGAUGGCGGCCACGGCGAGUCCCGGGGCCGGCGGGAUGGACGCGAAGCCCCGCACGUCCCCGAAGUCCGUCAAGUUCCUGUUUGGGGGCCUGGCCGGGAUGGGGGCUACCGUGUUUGUGCAGCCGCUGGAUCUGGUGAAGAACCGGAUGCAGCUGAGCGGGGAAGGAGCCAAGACGCGAGAGUACAAAACCAGCUUCCAUGCCCUCACCAGCAUCCUGAGGGCAGAAGGGCUGAGGGGCAUUUACACUGGGCUGUCGGCUGGCCUGCUGCGCCAGGCCACCUACACCACCACCCGCCUUGGCAUCUACACGGUGCUGUUUGAGCGUCUGACUGGGGCUGACGGUAGGCCCCCUGGCUUUCUGCUGAAGGCCCUGAUUGGCAUGACUGCAGGUGCGACUGGGGCCUUUGUGGGAACACCAGCUGAGGUGGCUCUUAUCCGCAUGACCGCCGAUGGCCGGCUUCCUCCUGACCAGCGCCGUGGCUACAAAAAUGUGUUUAAUGCUCUGAUUCGAAUCGCCCGGGAGGAAGGGGUCCCCACGCUAUGGAGGGGCUGCAUCCCUACCAUGGCUCGCGCUGUCGUGGUCAACGCGGCCCAGCUCGCUUCCUACUCCCAAUCCAAGCAGUUCUUGCUGGACUCAGGCUACUUCUCUGACAACAUCCUGUGCCAUUUCUGUGCCAGCAUGAUCAGCGGCUUGGUCACCACCGCUGCUUCCAUGCCGGUGGACAUCGUCAAGACCCGGAUCCAGAACAUGAGGAUGAUUGACGGGAAGCCGGAAUACAAGAACGGGCUGGACGUGCUGGUGAAGGUUGUCCGCUACGAGGGCUUUUUCAGCCUGUGGAAGGGCUUCACGCCGUACUAUGCCCGCCUGGGCCCCCACACCGUCCUCACCUUCAUCUUCUUGGAGCAGAUGAACAAGGCCUACAAGCGUCUCUUCCUCAGUGGCUGAGGCAGGCGAGGGGCCGGGGUGCCAGGGCUCCCCCUUACCCGCUGCUCCCACAGUCAGUGUGCCCCCAGGGGCCUGGACUCUGCUGCCCUGGGCCCCUCUAUUUAUUUUCCCUCCAUGGUGUGGUUCCCUCCUCUGCGGUAAAGGACUGUGGUCUGUCCUACCCCUGCGCCACCUUGCCCUCCUUGUCCUGAUCCUCACGACCUCUCUGCCCCUGGCUGUGUCUCGGCUGGGGGGUGGGGGUAGUGUCUGGGAAACUGCCUGAAGCUCCCCGGCCUCCUCUGGGUGUUGGUUUCGGGCACGUAGGACCGCGAAAGAUCCUCCUUCUCAGUGGGUAAACUGAGGCAGGGCUGAGGGGACAGGAGGCAGCAGAAGCUGUCAGGGUGGCCAAAAGGCCUGCAGCGGGAGGACGUGAUUCUCCACCUCACUGACGACGUGAUCAAUAAAUUGGAUUGGUGACAGCA